AUGAACUCCUUGGUUUUUGUAGCUUUCUUUGCUUCUUUGGCUGCCACCUAUGCCGCUCCAUCAGCAACCAUCGUACAAGGACCGAGUGCAAAAGCUACUGUUGUAGGAUCUGAUGGCAGUGUCAUCUCUUCAGUUGCCCCAGGUAGUCAAAUCAUAGCUGAAGAACACCCAGGUGUCAUUGCUCACACUGCUCCAGUACAUGUUGCCCCAGCUGUAGUCUCCACCUACGCUCAUGGCGCACCAGCUGUAGUUUCUGCUUACUCUCAAUACUCUCAUUCUCCAGCUGUUGUAUCCAGUUACUCUCAUGCUCCAGUUGCCUAUCAUGCUGCACCUGUAGUUGCCCACGCUGCUCCUUCUGUAGCAUAUGCUGCAUAUUCUGCUCCAGUUUUAGCUCAUUCUGCUCACAGUGCCUUUGACACUGUUGUUGCUGGACCAUCCGGUACCAUUGCUACCAGCAAGACAGUUGCUGCUCCAGCUGUAGUUGCUGCCCAUGGAGUUCAUAGUUACGCGGCUCAUGCUGUAUUUGCUUCUUUGGCUGCCACCUAUGCCGCUCCAUCAGCAACCAUCGUACAAGGACCGAGUGCAAAAGCUACUGUUGUAGGAUCUGAUGGCAGUGUCAUCUCUUCAGUUGCCCCAGGUGGUCAAAUUAUAGCUGAAGAACACCCAGGUGUCAUUGCUCACACUGCUCCAGUACAUAUUGCCCCAGCUGUAGUCUCCACCUACGCUCAUACCGCGCCAGCUGUAGUUUCUGCUUACUCUCAAUAUUCUCAUUCACCAGCUCUUGUGUCCAGUUACUCUCAUGUUCCAGUUGCCUAUCAUGCUGCACCUGUAGUUGCCCAUGCUGGUCCCUCUGUAGCAUAUGCUGCAUAUUCUGCUCCAGUAGUUGCUCAUUCUGCUCACAGUGCUUUUGAUACUGUUGUUGCUGGACCAUCCGGUACCAUUGCUACUAGCAAGACAGUUGCUGCUCCAACUGUAGUUGCUGCCCAUGGAGUUCAUAGUUACGCGGCUCAUGGUUAUGGUCAUGGACUUUAUUAUUAA